AUGAAAGGUCAUCCUGGCAUGACUAAAUAUGCCUGUCAUUACAAUGCACAAAUGGAAUGGAAUAAAAUGAAAAAUAAUGAAGAUUUAAUUAAGAAGAAUAUUGAAAAAUAUCUUGAAAUUUCAAAAAAAUCUAAUGAAAAUGAAAAUGAAACUAAACAACAACAACAACAACAACCUAUUAAUAAAGAAAUAAUACAAGAGAAAACAAUAAUAAAUGAACGAAAACGAACAUUAUCAUCCGAUGAUGAACACGAACCAUAUGAACUAAAUGCAGAAUCUGAAUUUGUUACACCUGUUGAACCAACUUUUACUAUACGUGAUUCUUCUAAACCAACAGAAUUUAAUGAUAUUAACAAACCAUGGGUUUAUCGUUCAUUUGAAAGAGCUCGAGCUCGUGUUGAAGCACGUAUUGCUAAAAUAAAAGCACGACGUAUUGCUAGUGAAAGUCGUGUAAAAACACCUGCACAAGAAACUGUUAUUCAAGAAGUAAAAGAAAUAUCUGAACGUAUUGCUAGUUUAGUUCAAGUUAAAAAUAUGGGUUUAUCAACAUCAGAUUCAAAUCAUACAUUAAAAAAAUUACUUGAACAAAAAAAAGAACGUGUAGCUGAACUUAGCCGUUUACAAUCAAAACAACGUUCAUCAGCACGUUAUCGUCAAAGAAAAAAACGAUGUAUUGAAUCAAUAUGUGAUGCUGAUCCUGAAGUUGCUGCUACACUUUUAAAACUUUAUAGACCAACAACACUUCGUGUACAAAUUGAUAAUGUUUGUCCUGAUUUAAUACAAACAAUUGAAGAAAUUGCUCGUAUUGGUGGAGCAGCUGAUUCAAAUCCUAGAUUAAUUAAUACAUUACCUUGUGAAUCAUUAGAUGAAUUAAGAACAAAAAUAAAAGAACGUGGCUUUGAAAUUCGACGAUCAUCGAAUUUUUAUCGUCUUAUACCUUAUGGUAUGUUUACUGACGAUGGAAAAAGACAUGUGAAUACAAAAGCUGUUCGUCUUCGAAAACUUCAAGGCAUUGAAUUACCACCAAAACAUGAAGAUUGUCAUUUUGUAUGUGCAUCUUUACAACAUAUUAAAGAUUUAGCUGGUACUUUUGGUAAUGAAUGUGUAUUUUACGUUAUUCAAGAUAGAAAAUCUUCUGUUAGAAUUGGUCGACCAUCAGCAAGAGGACAUUCACCUUUUAUAUUACAUUUAGAUUAUCAAAUAAGUACAACUAGUUCUACACCAAUGCCACCUACUAUCACUCAUCAACUUAAACCAACAGUUUAUGCAUCGUGUGUUAUUGAUGAUACUGGUCUUGUUAGUUUUGCAGGUCCAACAUAUAUAUCAAUUCGAUCAGCUAAACAUGAUCGAUUUACAGUUGAUCAUGACGAUAUUGAUUUUGAUUGUAU